AUGAUUGUAACUGGAGAUGAUCAAGCAGAAAUGCAAAAUCUUCAAAAGUAUCUGGCUUCCGAGUUUAAGAUGAAAUCAUUAGGUGAUUUGAAGUACUUUCUUGAAAUUGAAGUUGCCAGAUCUAAACAUGGUAUCUUUAUAUCUGAAAGAAAGUAUGUUUUGGAUUUACUUGUAGAAACUGGAAUGUUGGAUUAUAAACCAAUUGAUACCCCUAGUGAACAGAAUCAUAAGUUGGGGUUGUAUCAUGAUCAAAUUCAUACUGAUAGAGAGCGUUAUCAACGACUUGUGGAGAAAUUGAUUUAUUUAGCUCAUACACGUCCUGAUAUUGCAUAUGCAAUAAGUGUAGUGAGUCAAUUUAUGUAUUUUCCUAAUGAAGAUCAUAUGGGUGUUGUGAUGCGUAUUUUGAGGUAUCUGAAAGUAACUCAUGGCAAGGGGUUAAUAUUUUCCAAGUAUGAUCAUACAAAUGUUGAAGGAUAUACGGAUGCUGAUUGGGCUAGCUCAGUCACUGAUGGACGUUCUACGUCUGGGUAUUUUACAUUUGUUGGUGGUAAUCUUGUUAUUUGGAGGAGUAAAAAGUAA